GCUUUAUUCAAAAUGGCGGAAAACUUGUGAAAACUUCAUCUUGAUAAACUCAUUCGGUUAUUGGACAAAAUAUCACUUGUUUUUACACCAGUUUUAAGUAAAGAUUGCAUACACAAUGUUUUCAGUAUACUGCAAGCAAGAAAAAGCACAUGAAGACAGUAUCUGGACUGUUGCCUGGGGAACCAAUGAAAUUGAUGGCACAGAGAACAUACUUACAGGAGCUGUAGAUGACAUGGUUAAAUGUUGGAAAUGGAAUGAAGACAAACUGGAACCAAGAUUCAAUUUUGAGGGACAUCAGUUGGGAGUCGUAUCUGUUGAUGUCAAUCAAGCUGGAACGCUUGCUGCGUCCAGUUCACUAGACAGCCAUAUUCGUGUGUGGGAUCUGGAAUCAGGAAAACAAUUAAAAACCAUUGACUGUGGACCAGUUGAUACUUGGACAGUUGCCUUUGCACCAGACUCCAAGUUCCUGGCCACAGGGAGCCAUUCAGGGCAGAUUAACCUGAUUAAUCUAGAGAGUGGUAAGAAGACUGGAUCCUUGGAUACAAGAGGGAAGUUCACUAUGAGUAUUGCAUACAGUCCUGAUGGUCACUACAUCGCAUGUGGUGCCAUCGAUGGCAUCAUCAACAUCUUUGAUCUUACAACAGCCAAGCUGCUUCACACAUUAGAAGGUCAUGCUAUGACGAUAAGAUCACUCACAUUCUCACCAGACUCGCAGCUACUCAUCACAGCAUCAGACGAUGGACACAUUAAAAUGUACGACGUACAACAUGCAAAUCUUGCUGGUACAUUAUCUGGACACAGCUCUUGGGUGCUGGACGUGGCAUUCUGCCCAGACAACAAACACUUCGUUUCUAGUUCAAGUGAUAAGACAGUCAAGAUAUGGGAUUCAGGAUCGCGUCAAGUCAUUCACACCUUCUACGAACACACAGACCAGGUAUGGGGAGUCAAAUACAACGCUACUGGUUCAAAGAUAGUGUCCGUGUCCGAUGACCGUAACAUUAUUGUGUAUCAGUGUCCUAUGUAAUCUAACUCGAAUGUUUCGUAAUACCGUAUCCAUGUAAAACUAUAUUUCUCUAUUAUGAAAGAAAAGAUUGAAAGCACUUCUCCUGUUGACUACACGACUUAUUUGAUUACUCGAACAUCCUGUGGAAGCAGGUGUUCUAGUGGAAUUUCAAAGUGUUGUUAUCAUAGAUUGAAGUCCUCGAUGUGGUUGGGAGAAUUCUCGAGCAGGUGCAAACACUUGUCUACGACUCGUGUUUGCACUGAUCUGCUCUCGAAUUCUCCCAUUCACAUCUCGGUUUGCAUUAGCGUGUGCAAACACAGUAAAUGUAUUUUAUUUGUUAAAUAAAUAUAAAUAAAUAAG